AUGGCAUCAAAUAGUGGCACUGGCCAAGACAACAGCGUCCAUACCGACCGAGAGGAUGAAGACGCCGACGCCAUCCUCGCGUCGCUGGAAGAGGAAGAUUCCGCGGCUUAUCGUGCUCAAAGACUAGAAGAAUUGAAAAAAGCAGCGGGUGCGUCUGCCGGGACUACGGCUUUUACCACCGUCAAGAAGGCUUAUAUCACACUGAAGAGUGAUGACGAGGCUCUUGCUUUUACGACCGAGCACGAGAGGGCAGUGCUCCAUUUCUUCCAUCCUGAGUUUUCGAGGUGCAACACAAUGGACAGCCACUGUGAACUCAUUGCAGACAAGCAUGCAGAAUACGGGGGUGCGGAUGUUUCCUUUGCCCGAAUUGACGUCAAAAACGCCCCGUUUGUGGUCGAGAAAUUGGGUGUGAGAGUGUUGCCUUGUGUGAUUGGCUUUGUCAAGGGAGCAGUCAAAGGGAGAGUCACCGGCUUUGAGGGAUUAUGCUGGGAUGGCAAAGAGAGCAGCAUGGACGUUGCUCGAGCACUGGAGGAGGUACUUCUCGGGUGGACAGUUAUAUCAAAGAGACUUCUCCUCGAGCAUGAAGACGAAAGAAGCGACGACGACGAGGAAGCGCCAGACCGUCGGAAAGCAGCCCGUGGCGCUAUCCGCAGUCACAAUCAGAGGGACGACGACGAUGACGACGAUUGGGACUGA